UCGGCUCCCGCGCGGCGACGGCGGUUCCUCUCCCCUCCCCCAGCCCUGGCUCCGGGGGACCCCGCGAUGCCGGUCCGCACAGAGUGUCCACCGCCGGCGGGUGCCUCGGCCGCCUCCGCGGCUUCACUCAUCCCACCGCCGCCCAUCAACACGCAACAGCCCGGCGUGGCCACUAGCCUGCUUUACAGCGGCUCCAAGUUCCGCGGUCACCAGAAGAGCAAGGGGAACUCUUACGACGUGGAGGUAGUGCUGCAGCAUGUGGACAUGGAAAACUCUUACCUUUGUGGAUACCUGAAAAUUAAAGGCCUUACUGAGGAGUAUCCAACACUUACAACCUUCUUUGAAGGAGAAAUAAUCAGCAGGAAACAUCCUUUCUUAACUCGAAAGUGGGAUGCAGAUGAAGACGUUGAUCGAAAACACUGGGGCAAGUUUCUGGCCUUUUAUCAGUAUGCAAAAUCAUUUAAUUCUGAUGACUUUGAUUAUGAAGAGUUGAAGAAUGGGGAUUAUGUCUUCAUGAGGUGGAAGGAGCAGUUCUUGGUCCCAGAUCACACGAUCAAAGAUAUCAGCGGUGCUUCCUUUGCCGGGUUCUACUACAUCUGCUUCCAGAAGUCGGCAGCCUCCAUUGAGGGCUACUACUACCAUAGGAGCUCAGAAUGGUACCAGUCCCUCAAUCUGACUCAUGUUCCUGAACACAGCGCACCCAUCUAUGAAUUCCGGUGACAACGGUUCAGAACAGCCACCAAAUAAAACUUAACUUGGCAAAAA